AUGCCGCACUUGAGUACUGUCAAAGUAUGGCUGCACCUUAGCCAGAUCGUGCUGACCCUGUUGACUAUAUGCACUGUUGCGCCUGUCAUUGCAACUGAAAUACGAUUCUACGGUGGUAGUCAAGCAGGGCCAAACUGGACGCUGGUUGUCGCUGUUUUUACAAUCUGGAUCCCAUUACUGCUGGUGUAUUUUCCUUGGGCCUAUGACAGGAAAAACAAGUUCAAGCGGAUCGGCAAGUUCUGCUUAAAGCCGAGAACAAACUUGAUCUUUACGGGCUUUUGUUCUUUAAUGUGGGCAGCAGCCGGUAUUGCCAUGGCAGUGCAUGCCAACAACCCUGAGCACUGCAAUGUUGACAGCGAACUUGCAGACAGUGACGGCGACUAUGCAUCGGCAUGGUCAGCACAGUGCAACUGUGCCAAGGCUGCAGCCGGGUUUUCUUGGAUCACUUGUUUCAUAUGGAUAGCUACGCUGAUCUGCAGCGUGAUUAUAUUUUGGAACGAGAAGCAGCUCAUCCAAAAGAAUCUUCGUGAUCACGAGCGGAACAAGCAGGAAGCUGCUUCGGCGCAGCAGGACGAAGAGAUGGCAGAGAGCGACGUCAUGAUGGAUCACGGAGUAGAGCACGAAGAAGAACACGCUAAAUAUCAAGUGGCAACAGCUGUGACAACCGAUGUUCCACAACAACCGCAACAGCAACAGCAGUUUCCGUACAACACCUACUAUCACCAAAGUCCAACUCCACCUCCUCAUCAACCUGGCGCAGCGACAAUCGCACCUGUCCAAUAUCCACAGUACCCGCAGUAUCGUGCCGAAAGCGCCACUCCUCCGAUGACCAUGCCACACACUCAGUACUAA